AUGACUGGAGAGGAGGAGCCAGCGUCACACCGCGACGGUCACAGUCGCGGCGAAACGGACGGUUAUUCUUCAGAUACACAUAACCAGCUCGAGGUCGUCCUCCAACCUGAAUGCAGCCAUCGACGCAAAUCCUCCCUCGUCAUGGUGGACGAUCCCAUGACGAGACCUAAUCUCUCGCAUGCCGACCAGACGACGGCGUGUUUCGUGCACUCUUUGAUAGCAGGGGAAUGGGGCGACCCGACGAGCAAAGUGAAGGUGUUAGAGGGGGUAUUGAAGGGGACCAAGCUUCACGAAGAAGAUGGAGAAGAAGAAGCGCUUGGGGACGACGAAGAUGAGAUGGAAAAGGAAAUGAUGCAGUCGCGACACCUGACGAAGAAGCAGCUAUCCGAUAUGGCGUGGAACGUGCGCAAACUGUCCAAGAAGCUGGACAGUAUCAAGUUGAAACUCACGGUCAAGACGGUGUUUCUGGUUACCAAGGCGGGCGACCAGUCGGUGAUCGGGUCGACGAGGGAGGUUGCCAGGUGGCUUUUGUCGAGGGAUCGUGAUACGCAAUAUAAUGUGUAUGUGGAGAAACGGCUGGAGACGGAUCCGGAGUUCGGUGCAGCAGAGAUAUUGAGGGAGGAGCCGUCGGCGAAAAGUCGACUGAAGUACUGGGAUCAUGAGCUGGCGGCGGAGAGGGCUCAUUUGUUUGAUUUCGUGGUUACGCUUGGAGGGGACGGCACUGUUCUGUUUACGAGUUGGCUGUUCCAGCAUGUGGUGCCGCCGGUGUUGUCGUUCUCGCUUGGAUCGUUGGGCUUCUUGACCAAGUUUGACUUCAAUGAAUACCAGAAGACGCUGUCGGCUGCGUUUAAGGAUGGCGUGGUCGUCAAUCUACGGUUACGGUUUGAGUGCACCAUUAUGAGGAGCAAUCCGUUGCCCAAGGGCUCAUCGGCCCCUGGUGGGAAACGGGACUUGGUUGAGGAGUUGAUAGGGGAAGAAGGUGAUGAUACGUUAACGCAUAGACCGGAUAAGGUGCUUCAGAUAUUGAAUGAUGUUGUUCUUGAUAGAGGGCCGAAUCCUACCAUGUCCUCGAUCGAAUUGUUUGGCGACGAUGAACAUUUCACAACACUGCUUGCCGAUGGUGUCUGUAUAGCGACACCAACAGGCUCGACAGCGUAUAACCUCGCGGCUGGAGGGUCACUAUCUCACCCAGAUAACCCUGUCAUUCUCGUCACUGCAAUCUGCGCUCAUACGCUCUCCUUCCGGCCUAUAAUCCUACCAGAUACAAUUGUUCUCCGUAUGGGAGUACCUUACGAUGCUCGGGCGAGCUCAUGGGCCAGCUUUGAUGGCCGGGAGAGGAUUGAAUUACACCCUGGCGAUUAUGUGACAGUUUCCGCAUCGCGAUAUCCAUUCGCGAAUGUUCUACCCCGGGGUCGACGUGGAGACGAUUGGGUGCACACUAUAUCCAAGACACUGAAUUGGAACUCUAGACAGAGGCAGAAGAGUCUCGACCCGGUGGAUGAGGCGAAGCGAAAUAGAUAA